UUGACGUGGAACAUCUUAAAGCUAUUAAAAAUGAUUAAUUACGAUCUGGAUCAAUCUCCUACUGAGGUCAUGUCAAAGAUCAAUAAGAUUUUUAUUAAUCAAACAAAUGAAACACAUGAAUAUAUGAUAAGACAUGAAGAAAGAUCGAAAGUCAUGAGUGAUUUAAUUAACAGUUUAAAUGAAUGCGGACCAAAAUUUCAACACCUGCUGGACGAUUCUAGGGUAUAUGUAAAACAAGCAAAAGCAGCUGAAUCGAGGCCCAAUUUUGUCAGAAUUUUGCUGCAAGGAUCGACCAAUUUCGCUAAAACAUUAUUGGCCGCCAAAUUGACCCUCGAAUGCAACUUUGAAUAUUUCAGAUUAUGUUCGCCUGAAGAUAUGGCCGGCUUAACCGAAUCGGCUAAGUGUAUGCGUAUACGAACUAUUUUUUAUGAGGCAUACAAAUGUAAUGAAUCGUGUAUACUUGUCGACAACAUCGAAGAUCUAGUAGAUUACAGCGAUAUCAGAGCCCGUUAUUCAAACCCAGUAUUCCAAGCGUUGCGUUUGUUGCUGAAGAAAGAGCCGCCGUCGGGUAGAAAACUAUUGAUAGUGUGUACGACUAGUCGUGUGGAUGUAUUGAAAAAUAUGAAUCUGUUGGCAUCGUUUAACACUGUCAAACACGUACCCAAUGUGACAAUUGGAGAAAAUUCGGUGAAAGUGUUGCUCAAUCUGAAGGAAACGGAAAACAAUGGUAAUUCGGUUUGUUUUAAUCGCGACGAGAUAUCCAAAAUCUCAAAUAUUAUAUCGCUAUCGAUUGGUAUAAAAAAAUUGUUGGCUUUAGUCGAUUGGGCCCGACAGAUGGACCAAUCGAUUCGUGCGACGAAAUUUUUGGCAAAACUGGAGGAAGAGUUGGCCAUUAUUUCAGGGAAAUGAUGGGACAAUUGAUUGAUAUUUGUGUCUAUCUGUGUGUCAGUCUAUCUGCAUGUAAACUGACUGUAAAAUUGUUAUACAGUAGUUUCGAUAAUGACAUGUUAUCCAU